AUGGCGGAUUCGAUUUUCAGAAAGCUAAGAGAUGGUGGAGAAGAAGGCGAGCUCGCGCCAGCUCUUACCAUAGAAGAAACUGUAGCUUCACCUUUUGCUCUCGAUGUCUCCGGCUAUCUUCUCGCAAAUCUAUCUUCAUCAAUUUUGGCUGGAAAAUCCAAGUCGCAGGGUCUCGUAUUGAUCACAUUCUCGCGUAGCCCUUCAUUCUAUUUGAAACUCUUGAAGCAAAAAGGAAUCGUUGUCUCUUCAUCUGCUAAAUGGAUUCGUAUUUUGGAUUGUUACACUGAUCCACUAGGCUGGAUUGAUCAACCUUCUACUGGUGUUAGUGAAGCUUCAAGCUUAAUUAAGUUACACAAGUCUGUGAGUAACUUGAAAAGGCUAUUUUCUUCAAUCAUUGAAGCAGGAAGAGAAUUGGUUGGAGACGGGAAGACACGUUUCUGUGUUGCCAUAGAUUCAGUGAAUGAGCUGCUAAGACAUUCUUCCAUGCCAUUAGUUUCUGGUCUUCUAACAGAUCUUCGAAGCCACGCUCAAGUUUCAAGUUUAUUUUGGUCAUUGAACAGUGACCUUCACCAAGAGAAAAUUACAAAUGCGCUUGAAUAUAUAUCCACUAUGAAAGCCAAGUUGGAGCCUUUGUGUCCAUCUUCAGAUGGGCAAAAGAAUGCUUUAGAAAGCCUCUUCUCGGUUCAUCAGGAUUUCGGUAAAGGACGGUUUCAUGUCCGGUUUAAGCUUAGAAAGGGACGCAUUAGAGUAAUGUCUGAAGAAUAUCAUGUUGAUCAUUUGGGAAUCAACUUUUCACCCAUUUCCUCAGUGGAUACUGUUGUUCCAACCACUAAAAGCCUUUUGCCUAAGGUUCAAUUCAAUCUACAGCUGUCUGAGAAAGAGCGAGUUGAGAAAGAAAAAGUUGUACUUCCUUUUGAGCACCAAGAUCAUGGAAAGUCGACAGAGAUCUAUGAUGGACGGAGAUCACCUGCGGAUAGCACGAUUGAGGCAACACCAUUGUCUUUAGGCGAGUUGCAGAUUGAUGAAACCUCAUCAGGUAAAGGUGGGGAGAUUAUAUAUUUCAGAGAUUCAGACGAUGAGCAUCCUGAUUCUGAUGAAGACCCUGAUGAUGAUUUGGAUAUUUAG